CCCUCCGAUUUUUAAGGUUUUUUUUUAUAAGUGUGGUAAAGUACAGAUAUCUAACAUCUGUUGAUAAUUAGGAAUACAUGGAGUCAGAUUUCUAUUUAUUGUUCUUUUUUUAAUUUCUUUCAGUCUUUGAUAAUUAUUACUGAUAAAAACAAAGAUCAGGUGGGUCGAGAAAAGUAAUGAAAACACAAACUUGUAUAUUAAAAUAUGAAAGUUGAUACAUUUCUGGCUCUGGAACGUCCUAUUAUUUGAAAGCAGAGACGAAAACCGAACGGAUCCGUACUUACAAUUACUUCCUUGUAUCGCAUGUAUAGGGGUAACAAAACAGGUCUUGUUUGAUGGGUUCUUCAAUACUAAUAUAUGACAUCAGAGAAACCACACACAUAAAAUCGUUUAUCAGUAUACAGUAUAUUAUCAUCUGAUAGCGGUGUUUGUGUUUGCUGAAUACUCGUCAUAGUUACACACUUUUACUAUAAGCAGUUAGUAUCGAUUGUGUUGAUAACUAUCAGAUUAUAUAGUCCUCGGGGUUAAUGUUUACUCUGGAGUUGUAUUACAGAUUAACACUAACCCGAUCCAUUUUUUCUAACUUAAUUACCUAAUUCUGCAAUCAAUGAUACUUUUCAUCCGGACGAAACAAAAAGCAAAUCUAAUUUUUUUUAAUUUAAUAUCGUUCAAGAUCCAGAUUAAUUUAAUAACGGUUUUGCCUCUUUUAAUUAUGAGGAGUGCUAGAGAAGCCAUGAAUUUUGAUGUCAGUUCAUACAUUGGCGUAAAUUUUACCGCCUUAUCGUUUUCUUCACGGCAAGCCCACAUAUAAACAUUCCACAUGCCGUUGUACUGGGGCGAACACUCAUUGAUUGAGUUUUAUUUCUACCUUGGGUCUGAUGGUAUCAGCUGAUCCAAAACCAAUAGUGUUUAUACUGCAUAAUAAGGCUGCCCUCCAUCAUAUCGUUAUAAGUGGUACUAACCGACAGAGCUUCCGACCGGAUAGGAAGUUUUCAGGCAUGGGGUAUAAACGCUACUUCUAUGUGUAGGUUAAUGAUUUCACGAGACGCCUUCCAGUCCGGUAAAACUUUUUGAAGGAAAAUGAUUGUAUCUGUGUGUACAUGUGUGUCACUUUCUGUUUGAUCAACUGCCAAGCUAGUUAACGAUGCACAUGUCUACAAGUGAACUGUAUAUUUACAGUGUCGACAGACUCAACAGUCUCUUCCCGUGUGAUAAUCAAAUAUGGUGGGAUAGUUCCCUGUCGAUCGUGUGUGUUCUCCUAUAACGUCAUAUUGACUUAUUGUUUCCUUUUGUUAGCAUCCUGGUAGAAUGUAAAUACACAUUCUGUAAACAUUUUAUAUUGGAGAGUACAGAGUACUAGUUCAUAACCAAAUUUGUCAUAUCGUGUUUCAGUAUAUUGUCUUUACCAUUAAUCUGUAAUGGGAAGUAUAAAUAUUGAACCGUUUUAAAAGUUCGGCAGCCAAACGUGAUCUUAUUAUGCCAUUGUGUUGCUAUGUAUGAUGUAUGUACAGUACAUAUCAUGUUCUUUAAGUGCUGUGCAUGUUUCAUAGUACUUAACACAAUACGGAGAGACGAACACAAAAAUAACAGCACUGAGCAACUCCAAGCAGUCCGACACUACAAUCAAAUCGAAUUUGGCGGAUAUAGAUUUUGAAUUGUACCAGUGUUGGGAACGAUGGUCGCCGGAGUAAAGCAGGGGUGUAGUGAACGACCUGGCUAGGGUACCAUUGUGAGGAAAAGGACUGUAGGACCGCUAGCAGGUGGUCCGGCGCUAGGACUACCACACAGAAAGUAUUCCCAAGGAAUAGGCUCUCCCGCGCUAUCACCAGGCGUCACUGUAGGGUCCCAGACUUGUGUGGUGUUACACCUUAGUCAUGAGAUCCCGUACGACAGGCAUGGGACGAAUCGCACUAGACUCCAUAGCAUUCCUCUUUACAGUAACCUUGUGGAAGCACGUUAUGUCCCAGUGUUCGGAGGCGCAUGCUGUGGCCUGUUCCUGGUCCCUUCUUCACCUACGUCACUACGAGGGCCUACUCCAGCCACUAGGGGGCUUCCUUCCCGAUUACAACGAAACCACGCUGACGGAGAUAUGUGGUCUGUUCCAGAACUACAUGAGCUGUUCAGAACCAUAUCUUCAUCAUUGCAACAACAAUACAGUAUUUCAACUCUACGAACUGGAAAGUGCCUUCAAACCGCUCUGUAAAUAUUCAAAAGAGUACGUAGCCCAUCGGUCCUGUUACCGCCGUCUGGAGACGAACUUUGAAUGGUGUCAGAAGGAGAGACAGACCAAACUGGAGCUGAGGAAACCCACUGACAUACAGUAUCACGGAUAUAUGUGCAACGUAACAAACGAGUACGUACAAUGCAUCUUCACAGCAACUUUCUUGAGGUGUUCAAUGGGUGCUGCUAAUAUAUACUACGACAUAAUUAACCAAUCGGUAUCCUCUUUACUGACUCACGUGACGUCGUUCCGGUGUGUUAUACGUCAUCCACUGGAAGCAAUACCUGUUUUUACUACCACGACCUCUACAACGACAAGGGCGACAACUCCCAUGGAAGCUACAUUACGGAAAACUACAGACCCUGCUCUGGAAAGUACUUCGAGAAAUUCUCACCACACGUCAGGGAGCAAUGGGAUCAUCCCCGGUUAUUUGUGUUUAGUGGUGUUUCUCACAAUCAAAACCAUAUUGAUAUAUCAGACACGGUUAUGGACGUAAACGAUCUCUAUUUUCAAAAUACAGAUGUAUUUUUGUUAUUUUUAUGAUAAUUUUGUACACAUAAUGAAAUUCGAUUAAGAAUAGCUAACUACAUAUCAGAUACGUUCCAUAAAUAAUAGUGUGAUUCUGUGAGUUGAAAGAAAGAGUGACAAGUAAAGCUCGAGCAAGAGUUCUACACAUCUAUACACAUCUAUUCACAUCUAUUCACAUCCAUUCACAUCCAGUUCAUUGAAGCUUACAUAGUGACUAGUAUCUGUUGGGUCAUCUAUACAUUAUGAGCGUUAGCAAGGUUUAAUUAAUAAGGUCGGCUCAAAACGCCAGCGACAAUAUCUAAUAAAUAAUCCAGAAUUGUCGUUCCUUACACUGGUUAACAGGCAGGUGUAUCUAAGGAAUAUCUCGUUUUUAUCCAAACUAUCUUAUACAUUUUUUUCAUUUGUAUUUCGGUUCUCAAAUAUAAACACUUAAUUUCGAGUGAGAUCAACUGUUGAAGAGACAUCCAAUAGUUACAUGUAUAAUACAUUCACAACAAUAUAGGUGUUUAUACUGUAUAUAACAAUAUAAUACGUAUUAGGCCGGUUUGCAAAAUUCCAAUUAUGCGGUCAGACUAGUUCAAACAGUCUACAAAAUUUACGUCAUACAGUAUCGAAGUUAAUGCAGUAUUGUUUGUAUCCAAUUAUGCGGUCAAACCGAUUUAAUCAGGCCGCAUAAUCUAUGUCAAACUGUAUCAAAGUAAAUGCAGUAUUUUUUACGAUUGGUCAAAACUUGUUUUUGAUAUUUUCAAAAUGUAAAUAACGGCAACAUUACUGGUAUUUCCUGUUUCUGUUAUAACGACUUCCUGUACUGGCCUAUAUAUGCCAUAAUUUAGAGACACCGACUCAGCUGUAUAGUUUUAAACAUAUCAAGUCCUCAGUAUUUUUUCACAAUGUUGAAGCUUGUUUUUAUAUGAAUAAUAUCAUUACAUGUACAUGUAUAUGUCUUAGAUUUGGGUUUAGAACGGCAGCAAUCGGAUAAAAGUAGUAGCAAAUCUAAAGGUUUUUCAUUAAUCCGGAAGUGAAUCAUAAGUACAGUACUGGGAGGGGUGAUUUGGUAAUCAAACUCUGCGGGGGCGACGAGCGGCGGUCAAGCGGAGGGGAUUUAAAUCACCCCUCGAUGUCGCUGCGGGAGCGAUCUCGCGGCAUUGACGUGAGCGAUGGAUAUAAACGAUAUAAACGGGGAAAAUGUUCUGCGAGAAUGAUCAAGUUGGGCGCUGUUCAUUUAGUAGUCGAUCCAAAGUCGACAAUCAAUUCUAAAAUAGGACAGUUCGAGCUACAUGUUUAAGCACAUGUGUCUGUAUGGAUUUGGUGUUAAUCUGGGGGCAUUUAAGUGAUGAUUUGUGGUUCACUUAUCCGGAUUUUUUUUUCUAGAGAUGUUUUAUAGAAUGGCAAUGUUCGGGUAAACAUAAGUUUUAUUUACUUUUUUUGCAUUGACCAAGGGACUCUAUUACACGCAUAAAAAAUGUUUCAACGUUAUCUUCAUUUUAAUUCGAUAUGGAUAUCCAUAAUUGCUAUGUAUAUCUGAAUAUUAAACUUCGAGAAACCGUGUAUACCAAAAAAACGUGAAUGGUUUUUGCUUAAAUGCUUUCAUCAGCGACGUUCUAAUCUUGAAGCUGUUGAAAGCGGUAACUCCCCUCAUUCAAAGAUUUGUCUACCGUUUUGAAUGCUCAAUAGUUUUCUGUCACUGCCUAGGGUGUGAUUUCUCUGUCGAUCCCCAGGGUAACACUUGCUAGCAACAAUGCAAUGACGUCACAGCAAUAAUAUAAUGGCGUCACGUCGACAAUUCAAUCAAGCCAUUUCAAUAUUGUGGGAAAAAAAGAAAGACAGAAAAAAAACAAGAAAUUUAUAUCUUUUAUUUAUAUUUGGACGAGUUAUUUUAUCAUUAUUUCAGCUACAUUAAAAAAAUCAGUAAUCGCCAUUCACUUGACGCUAAACGCAUUGAGGGAACAGCCUGGAUUCCAAUUUGGCGGGAAAAGUUUUCAACAACAGGAAGUAAACUUCACCUGUGUAUUCCAUUUCCAAGAGCUAUUUUUAACAUAACAACUUCACCUCACAUCUUGUUCUGAUUUGCACCAUUGCUUAUCAAAAAUAUAUUCUCAAAAUGGGGGAAAAUACAAUAAAGCGUGCGUGUACAGAAGCAGGGCCCCGACCAUGCGGAACUCCUCGUUUUUUUAAUACACUAACGAGUAGUUCCGGAUUGGUUCCGGCCUGACUUUCACAAAUAUAUUCCUAUGCGCCAGACUCAAGUUUACCGUUGAUAAGGUCAAUUAGAUAAUACACGCCGUAAAUGUAAAUAUAUUACAAUAAUUAUUUAAUGUUUGAGCAACUGGACCAUGCGUAAAUAAAACUAUAUGAUUCAUCCCCUACCUUGAUGACGUGGCGUAAAAAUAUUAAACCUUCGAAGUGAUAUAUUUGUCUUACCUACGGUAGAACCUCAGGAUAGCGACCAAGUACAAAUGUAUAUAUACCAUAUAUAGAUAUAUACCAACCUUCGGGUCGGAGAUUUCUCUGUCACACCUCAAGGUAGGAGAAGAUUUUAUAAGUCGUUGUUCUUAACAUGACGUCACCAUUGGCUCUGCCAAUCACAAUGAUGCACGUGUGUAAUAUAGCACAGGGCAUAAAGAGGUGCAGUGGGUGGCAGGUAGUUUAUUUUUCGGAUCAUUUAAAUAAUAUAAAACCGUUUUAUGUUUCAGGGGGAACAUCUGUAAUUGCUUGUCAUUUGAUAAUGUGUAUCUUUUCAUACAAUAAUGUUUUUUUCUCGGUGAAAUAAAUGUGUAUAUAAAAUACUACCAAACUGUGAGUGGAGAACAAGUGUACCCUGUGACUGACCUGUAUAAGGAAUUACACGUGCGAGUUUAACGCGUCCUCGGAGUGAGGUAAAUCCAUAGUAAUUAAACGUAUACAUAGAUCAAAGUAGAAAACCAAGGAACUCGGUAACGACCUAGCACGCCCAAGAAUUAUUUGACUAUAAUGUCGGAUUUUUUUCUCAUACAUUGUCAGUCUCUUUCCCCGAAUUGAUUUUUGAAGAAGAAAGUGAUAAUUAAUUGUCACAAGUAGCAAUUCUUUUAUCCUCGUUCCUUCGAAAUCUGAAUUUAAUAUAUGGUAAUGUGCUAUGAUAAAAUCAGGUUUGGAUUGGAUGGAAACACGAAAUUGUAUCAUUUCUGUGAGGUGUAUGUUAACGUGUUAAUCUUAAUUUCCAAGGAGAGCCGUUGGCGUUAUUCAAAUAUCUCAUUUGUUUAUCUACUCUAUAUAAACUGAUGGGUCUACUGUUGGCUAUUAGUCAAACCUUUCACACAAAUUAAUGGCUUGAAGCAAUUGGCAAGAAAAGGGAGUUCACAUCAUCUAAUCAAAUCAUAGAUCAAUACAUACGUCAUUUCUUUCCUGUCUUCUAUGCUUUGUUGUCUUCUUUUGUCUCCUUGACAACGGCUCUUUUGAAUUAUGUACACGGUGAUGACAUUGGCUGCUGCGAGGCCCGUACAAACACACGUACUGUGUAUUGUACAUUUCAAAAAUCGGAGAUAGCAAUUAAGAAACAAUACAUGAAUAUUGGCGUAGUCAAAUUUUAGCGCAUGACCGAAUUGAAAAAUAUCAGCACAAUGUUGGAUUGAGGUAUUGCAUCAGUUGCCAUUGAAUAAAAUCUAAAAAAAAAAAACACAACAAUUACUGCAAUUAUAAUUCAGCGGAAGGCUUUCAAUACAAAAAAAAAAAAACACUCAAAUAAGAUCACCGCUAAAAUAUAUAAGUUUACGGUAAUUCAUCGCACUUUGAUGAAGAGUUAUUGGACACCCUGUAUACUAGUACUGUACAUAGAAAUGCAUUAGCAAAAAAAAGGGGGGGGAAAAAGCAUACAUUCGAUCAUUGGUCUUGAUACUGGUAUCCCGCUGUACAUAGUACCAAUAUCCGGUGUCCCUCGCAUAACUGUCAGAAUGCCGAAUUUUCCCCUUUGGUUCCAGUUUACUGGAUAAAGAAUUAUGCCCAUGGUAUUUAGAUAAUACAUUAUACCUGUAUAUUCAAAUAAGACGGUCAUAUAUGUACAUAGAUGAUGGGUAGUUAUAAUGUUAGGUUACGAUAAAUCAUCAUUGACCUCUCCGAAAAUCGCUCAAAUCCAAUAAACUUAGUCUAUGUAUGUGUCCUUUUUCAAAUUUCUUUCGAAUACCCAUAACAUAACAAGCAGAAAUGGAAUCUCAUACAGGGCGAUCCCUUUAGUUUGAAAAGAUUUGUAAAUAUGUAUCGAGUAAAAAUGAAAUUGAAGCGACAAUAUAGCCGAUGACAGUAUUUUGGUUUCAAAUAAGUAACAUUUGUUUUUUUUUGUUGAUAUUGGAAAAUAUUAUAUCAUUAUAUAUACAUGUACUUAUGUAUAUAUUUGCUUUUGUUUAUAAACGUCAUGAUGACAAUGUGGAGUUUAAAAUGCUAUUAAACCCAAUCACUAAUAAGAAAUUUCCUCCUUGUUAGAAAGUUAUAUUUUCUCACACUCUUACCCAGUAUGUUCGAUAAAGUGUAACCUGUGUAAACCGAACCUAACUUAACUGGAGACCUCUGUAAACGGUAUUCGGUUUUGCCAGGUUUAGCUAUCGAUCACUAUGUACAUGAAUGUGACAUCUUCUUACACUAUAAAGGGAUAAUCCGCAAAAGUUAAAACAUUUCUGGCUGUUCUGUGACUUUUAACAAAUCUUUCUAAUGCCUUUUAAAACAAUUUACAGCAUUUUUAUAUCAGUGGUCAAUUUGGGCAAGUGAGUGUCAAAAUUCCUACUCUAGAGGUAAAUUUAGACAUGCAAACAUCAAAAUCCCUGUACCAGUGGUCAAUUCAGACAUGCAAACAUCAAAAUCCCUGUACCAGUGGUCAGUUUGGACAAGCGAGCAUCAAAAUUCCUAUUCGAGUGGUCAAUUUAGACAAGAUAACUUUGUGCAAUUAAAAAAACAUCUGAUGGAAUCCUAACUUGUGCGGGCUAUCCCACCAAGGUCUGAUUCCUAGAGAUGAAUAUUUCAGAUGUGUCCUCCAAUACUUCCAUUUUGUUUCUAAGUUUAGAUUAUAGUUGUUACAUGUAUUUGUUAAUCCGAAAAAAAAACCAGAAUAUACAGAAUAACGAAUGUCCAAAUCAGUACAAGACAUUAACAUGUAUUUAGUGUCGGAAAACGAAUUAUACGGAUUAAAGAAUCAUAGUUUCUAAGGUUCUAAUUAACCUGAAAAGGUCAAAGGAGAAGAUAUUCAGAAAGAAUUUAUAAACAGGAUGAGUGUGUACCGAUUGUUAAUCUUGUAUUAUCAGUUUUAUUACGAAAAAUAAAAUAUUUUCAAUAUC